GAAAGAAGGGUACAUUUCACCCUUUUUCUCCUGUGCGCACGGGCUUGCAGCACGCUACUUAGACUAUCGAGAUAAGGGAAUAAGUGGCACUACGAUAGGAUCCAAUUAUAGAAAACGAGAAGACAACAACGUCUCUGAACCCCCGGAAUAGCCCCCCAUGGAGCAUCAGACAUCUUACUCACAGCCCUCGCCGCCAUCCUCGGUAGCCGAGCAAGCAUGGGAUAAGACUCUCACAGACCACGAUGGCGCUUCGCAUCUCCUCGAAAGCGAGGUAAAUGAUGCAGCCCUAUUGCCUGCACGUCUCAUCCGAGUAGCUCAAAUUCUGUCCGAAAGCAAUUCGAUUUCUAUAUCAGACUCCACCACAAUCCACCACUGCCUCCAGGAGAUGGAGGCCCUGCUUGAUCCGCGUCCGGCAUUCUCACAAGAAGUCGCCCGUUGUCGGCCCCGUGCGCAUUCUCGACCGCCUAGCCCAGUAGACUCUCCUCGAAAUCCACAUACGAGUUCCAUCACACCAGUGUCGACCACAGCGAAUCAUCUCGGUGAUGUCCAGGAGAUAUCGCACUCUCAGCUGCGAGAUCUUCUCAACGAAGUUACAGCGAUGAAGACGGAGUUCAGCCAGCGCCGCAGAGAGUCGCUUGAAAUUCACAGUUUGCUCACCCAGGAGCGUCAGGUGUUGACACUGAGACUGGCAGAGCUAGACGACGAGAUACACGAACUUCGGAAAGAUAUUCUCGAAGACUCGGCGGAACGGGAGGCCAUGCAAGGAACGAUCAAUGGCUUGGAAAUUUGGGUGGACGACUGGCACAAGCAGCAUCUCUUAGCUGUGGCGGGGGGACCCGCGAUGAAGUAUCGGCGAAAGAGUCAACGGCGGUGGACGAAGUGUGCCAAGGAAGAACAGUUCAAUGACGACGGAGAAGCACUCUUUGAAGGCAUCAUGGCAUGGAUGCGGGGUUGGAAGGACGUCGAGGAGGGUUUUCACAUUCGACAGAAGGAUCGCGACCUGCGAAGGGAACAAAGAAGGGAGCAGAUGCAAAGACAGAGGGAUCAUUCCCAAACAAGUCUGGAUUGAUGAGACUAGGAAUCGCUGCUUUAAAGGAAAUGGACAUGUAAUUGGUGAUACCAAGCACCGAUGAUGCUACCCAGAGCCGGGAUGCCAGAGGUUUCUGAGGAGGCGUUACCCC